AUGGAUACACUAGAUAAGGUCGUUCGUGUGUUGGAUGACGCAGACACUUUUAAAAAGAUCAUUACAGCAGCAAAGUCAUGCGACAAAGCUUAUACAAUCAUCACGAAUCAACUACAGACUGCUGUCAUUAACAAGUUGAUCACAUCUGAAAAGAAUGCAAAAUUAUUGAUAGAGGUAUCAGAGCAUUUACAAAAGGGUGUUGAACAGUUAUUUGGUAAUACCAAGACAUUGGUUGGAUUUGAGGAAGGUGCUGAGACGGCAAUGCGAUGUAACUUGUUUGUAUUGGAUGCUUUGCAAUCGUGGAGUGCUACACGACCCAAUCCACAUAGUUACAAGAGAUGGUUACGAUGCAUUUCAUUGCUAGGUGACGCAAAGAGAAUUGCCAUGGCAGUACAAGUAGCCGACAAGUUGUACGCGAUACUCAAACAAAACGAGACAGACUUUCCCUUGGAAAAAGAUCCAUCAUACUAUCAAAAAUUAAUGGUUCAUUGCAUGUUUAUCAAAAUGCAAUUGUCAGAGGAAAGACUAGUAACAAUGGAUGCUCAAGAAAUCGAUCAUCUCCGCUUGGAAUGGAGUCAACUCAAUGUAGAUAUUGUCAAAGAACGUUGUUUCUUUAAUGAAUCUUUAUUUCCAAAAUAUUUUAAUCGUUUAUUAUCUUUGGAUUUUUUAGGAAAAGAAGAAGAUUUUGUUUAUUUAUUAAUGAUUUAUCAAGUCACAAAUACACCAAAUGUAUUAAAUAGAUUUAUGGAUUUAUUAUUUGAUUUAACAAAGAAUGAUAUUUUACCAUUACUUUCUAAAAUAGCAUUGCCAAAUGACAUUGUAAAUAUUGUUUGGCUAUCGAUUCACACUAGUUUUUAUGUACAACAAUCGCAACCACAACAACAAGAUAUUCAAAAAAAGGCAUUGGAAUUAUUAAGCGUGAUGGAUAUGGUUGUAAACUCAACCAUUAAAUCAACUCUACCAAAUCAAAAAGAGAAAUAUCAAUUGGAUAUACUAUUGAUUAGAUUAUCAUCACUAUCAAAUAGAUUUAAAAUAUUAUCAAAAAUUAAUUCUGAUAGUAAAAAGAAUGUAUUGGAAAAAGAAUUAAAUCAAUUAUUACCAAUGAUUAAUCAAGUAUUGGAAGAUUGUAACAAAGGGGAAUAUGCAUUUCAAUUUGAUGAAAAUGAUAAAUCGAUUGGACAAUCUCCACAAGUACGUGACGAAAUAUUUAAAUUGCCAAAGAUCAUUGUAGAAAAUAUAUAUCUUGGCGUACAAUCACUAUUAUUACAACAACAACAGAGAGACAAAUGGUUGGCAAAUGAUUUAAUUAUCAAUCUUGUUAGAUUAUCAUUUGUAACUCCUUUUAUUAUGAAUCAAUGGUUAAGUAAUAUUGAUCAAAAAUAUUCUAAACAUUUGGAUAAAUUUAUAUUGGUUAAUUUGGGUAUAUUAAUUGAUUAUUCAAGUAAUGAUUUACAAUUUAGUCAAUUUGAAGAAAUGUUGAAUGAAACUAUUACAAGAUACUAUAAUGAACUGCAACAAGAAGAUGAAACACAACCUAAAAGAGAUCAAUCAAUUAUUACAGAGUUGGUUAGAUUACUACGUUUAAUAUGUACUAGGUAUCGUAAUGAUAGUGAUGAUAGAAAGGCAAUGGAGUAUUUUGAAAUGUCAUAUCUCUUGCUCAAAUCAUCACCCGUUCAAAAUAUCGAGUCUGCACACAGACUAUUACAACAGGCAUACCAUUUACUUAAACUCAACACCAAACACCAAGAGUAUGACCAAGCCAUUAAAUAUGUGUCUGACUGUUUCUCUUGGUUUAAUAUUUGUACAGACGGUUGGUUUGAUGGACAAUUGGACCAACCUUUUCAAUCAAUGGAUUCAUCAUCAGACACCAAACCAAUCACAUUACAAGGAAUAUUAAAAUCAUUCUCUAGAUUACAAAUGUCAAUACUUGGUCAAUUAAUUCAAGAUCAAGAAGAAUCAGAGGAAACAGAAGGACAAGAAGAUAUGGAAGACGUGGAAGAAGAGGAAGAAGAAUUAAAUAUAGAUGAAAUUAUAAAUCAUGAUAGAUUGAUUUUCAUUAGUCAGUUGGUUGGUAAUGAAUGUUCACAUAGUCUAUGUGCAGCAAUCUAUGAUUAUAUCAUUACUAGUUAUAAUGCAUAUAUUAUUAAAAGAGAUCCUGCUAUUCCAACCGACCUCAUUCGCUCACUCCAGAUGGCGACCAUCGACAGAGUGAUAGAGGAUGUCGAGGAUCGAUCAGUCAUUCUCAAAUCAAGAUAUCAAGUGGAAAAGGUCAAACUCAUGCGAUUAGAUCAAUCCCAAGACUCGGCUAUCAUCGAUCAACUAUUUCAUGCUAUUGUCGAUCAAUUGGAAGGGUGCAGAGAAGAGACAGAUAGUCACGAUGAUGGACAGAAUAUGAUCAGCCCAUUGACAUUGGCCAUUGAUAAUGAAUUGGCAAAAAUAUCAUUUUGGAAAGCAAUUACAUAUAUUGAAACGAAUCAAAACCAUUUUGAUCCCGAGUUAAUGGAGCAUGGAAGAAAACAGUUGGGUGAUAUGUCACAACAAAUUGAUGUAGAUGAUGGUGGUACCGAUCAAGAGGACAGUGUCUUUCCAAAAGAUAUGAAUGGGGGAUCGAGUGAUAUAGCAAAACACAUUGAAAAGGAAAGAACACAUCGAUAUCGACCUCCAGUUGGCACACCAAAAGAUUAUGUUGGAACAAAGUUGAGAGCAUCAUUGGAAAUAUGGUGUAGAAUAUCAAAUCAACUAACCGAACCAAAAGUUGAUGAAUCAGAUAUAACUGAAACCAUUAAACUCAACAAUAGAGCCAUCCUCUGUCCUUUAUCAACACUUUCCAUUUUAAUGACGAUUGCCGAUUUAUAUCAAUUCGAAGGUGACUAUAUUAGUUCAAUCAUGGCAUUAAAAAUACGUAUCAAUAUUAUUAAACAUAUUUAUCAAUCAAAUUCAACUCAAUAUAUUAUUGAAUUAUUAAAAAGUUAUAAUUAUUUAAUAUCAAUUUAUAUAUUGAUGGAGAAAUUUUCACAAUCUAAAUAUUAUUUCGAAUUAAAUAACAAGUUGUUUGAACAAUUAAAGACUGGAGUGGUGGCAACCAAACCAAAUGAAAGAGUGUCUUUGGAAAUAUCAUCACUACAACUUUUAAAUAAUAUUCAACAACUUGAAUACCAAUUCCAUAAGAUGACAAGUGUUACCACCACUACAGAUGAAACAAACAAAAAAAUGUAUAAUCAAAUUAUUGAAUUCUACAUUAAAAUAUGCAAGUUGGUGUCACUAGUGUAUUUAGAGUGCGCCAAUUCCAAUCUGGCACUCAAAGUGUCAAAUGAAAUGUUGGAUUUCCUUCAAUCCCUCAUUCCAUCAGAAUCAAAUAUAUCAUUGAAAAAGAAAAAGAACAAUAGUAGUAGUAGUUCAAUGGUGGAUAAUUCAGACAACAUGUCUAUCGAUUCUGAAGCUACCUCUUCUACUACUCAAUCGGAUGAAUGGAAUGGUAGUGGUGGUAAUAGUAAUGGUCAAUUAGCAUCAUAUCAAUCAAGCUUAUCAAAAUGGUCGUGUCUAACCAUUUGCCUAAACGCAAUAUUACAUUUGGCAAGUGUGUAUGAAUUAAGAGGAUGUCCGAGAGAAGCUCAUUAUUAUUAUGAAAGAGGUCUUUUGAUUGGCAAUAUUUACGGGUCGCUUAAAGUGACGUGUGAAUUUUUGGUGGAACUUGGCGAGUUGUGUUUUAACCGUCACAACUAUGUUGACAGCAAGAUUAACUUGGAAGUGGCGAUUUCUCUAGUUGCGAGGUUCGCACCAAAUGAAUCUAGAUUGAUCAAGAUUAAUCUACUCGCGAAAAUGUUGUUGGGUGAUUUGUACAGACGUCAAAAUAUCAUCACUCAAUCCACCAAGCUAUACAACCAGUGUAUAUCAAUGCUCGAUCAAAUGAACAACAGUAGUCUAUUAGAACAAUUUAAAAAUAGUCUUACCUUUGGUAACGACUCUACACCAAAAGAAAAAAGAUUAUUAAAAUUGACUAAAUCUAAAUCGACUGUCAACAUCAACAACAAGACAACAACAACAACAACAAAUUCAAAGACAAAGAUCAUUCAAGGAGAAGAAAAGAUUGGUAGUAGUUUAGAAUCAAUAUUAGAUUUAAUUAUUCAAGAAUCUAAUAAUGGUAAUAACAAAAAGAAUGAUAUUGGUGAAAUUGAAAAUAUAUUAAAAUCAAUAAGAGCUAGAAUACAAUGUAAAUUGGCAAAGAUAUUGAUGAUACGUGAAAAUUAUAAACAAGCAGUCAAGGAAUUGGAAGCUAUUAUCAAAGACAACAAAGAGACGGUUGGAACGAUCACUCUAUCCAUUUUAGAGUUACAUCUUGGUCGUGCCUAUUAUCUAAUGGCCAAGGAGAGUGAAAGAGAUAUGGUAUGGGCUCAUUACUUGGAUCCAUCAACUGUCACCAUCGAUCCAAACAUUCUCAAAGCAAGACAAAUGUUUUUACAUAGUUUUUCAAGAGUUGGGAUUUAUAAUAUUAUCAAAAUAUCAAAUCUACUAUGUCGUUAUAUAGCUUUUACAACUGGUACAAUCCUACCUUUUGUAACUGUUCAUUUUCUUAAUUUAUCAAUGGGAAUUAGAUUUAAACAUGAUAUGGAAUCGAUUGUAACAUAUCAACAAUCUAUCAAUAUUCAAAAGAGUUUUAAAAAGAACAAACAACAACCAGCAUCAGUACUGGUGGAUAUAAAGAAAACUAUGUUUUCAUGGAACUGUGGAGUUGAAAUACCUAGUCAAUUGGAAGACAAAAAGUUUAACAAGCAGUUGACCGAGUUGUACAGUGGUGAUCUCCCCACCGAAUGGUCAAUUUCAAAUAUUAUCAUUGGAAUUGAUCGAAAAUCAAUUGUACUCACUCGACUUUUUGGUAAUCAACCUCCAACCAUCAUUAAAAUUCAAAUGCCAGUUUAUCAAGUUGAAUUGGAACAAAAUGAUAAUAAUGAAAGUGAAGAAGAGGAAGAGGAACAAGAUGAAAGUGAUGAAGAGGAAGAUGAAAAAGAAGAAGAAGGUGACCCAGAAAUUAUAUUACCAUUUAUUGAUAAAUUAAGAAAUGAUAUCAAGACAUUGACAAUUGAAAAUUUGGCAAAUAAUCAUGAUAUGGUAACAGGUACUAAAGCAGCGAUGGACCAAAAGACUAAAAAAGAUUCAACUAUUCAAAAAUGGUUCCAAAAAAGAAAGAAUUUAGAAUCAGAGGUUGACAGAUUAAUCAAUUCAUUGGAUGAAAUACUCGGACCUUGGAAGAGCAUGUUGGUUGGUAACUUGUGCGACACAGAUGCAUUGGAAAAGUUGGAAAAGAAUAUUCCUCUUUUGGCAAAGGAUAUUAAGGGGGAGACUGAGACUGAUGCAUCGGAGGAGGAUGAUCAAGUUGACAGUAAACGAAUCGACCUCGGACUACUCAAACAAGUGUUUGUCGAAAUGCCCUACAUGAACGAUGAGAAUUUGUAUCAGUCGAUUAUAGAUCUCGUCGGGUUUGACCGAAUCGAUGGAUUGUACCCAUCGGACGAAUCCUAUUUGGAAACGAUUAAAGAGAAGCACCCACAAUACUCUCAACUCAAAAAGAUCAAGACUCUAUUCAUCAAACAUUUUACAGAUGUUUUUUCAACAUCCACAGCGUCCAAGACCAAAUUACCAAUUGCCAAACGAUUAGAGGAAAGUUUAGAACGUGUACGUGACGAGCCGAGAAUUCCAUCCAUCCUCAUCAUGGACAAGAAUCUUCAAUUGUUCCCCGUUGAAGCUAUGGAACCUCUGCGAUCACAAUCAGUGUAUCGUCUACCAUCAUUUUCAUUCCAUCAAUGGAUAACACACAGAAAUCGCGAGGAAACCAAUGAAAACUAUACAAUGGUCGAUCCCAAGAAACUAUCGUAUAUCCUCAAUCCAAAGGGUGACUUGGCAUCAACUGAAACCAACUUUUCAAAGCUUUUUGAUACCAAUCAAUUGUCCAAGACGUGGAAGGGUAUUAAAGGACGUGCUCCAACCAGCUCAGAAUAUCGAGAUGCACUCGAACAGAACCAACUUUUCCUCUACAUGGGACAUGGGUCGGGCGAACAAUACUGCUCUGGCAAGGAUAUCCAAAAGUUGUCCAAGUGUGCCGUCUCGAUGUUGUUUGGGUGUCGUAGUGGCAAUCUCGAGGAACAAGGUGAAUACGAACCCACAGGUGUCAUCCUCGACAUGUUGUUGGCAGGUAGUCAAGCAAUCGUUGGUCAUCUAUGGGAUAUUCCAUCGAUGGAUUCCGAUCGUCUAGCACAAUCAUUUAUCGAAAAAUGGUUCAUCGAACUCAAACAAAAUGUUGAAGGUUCCGAAACCGUAGACAUUGGUGAAGCAAUCUCACAUGCCAGAAAAUCAUGUCAAUGGAAAUUAUUAGUUGGUUCAAGUUGUAUUUGUUAUGGUCUACCUACUUAUCUAUCACCUUUUAAAUAA